UGAUUCAUCAUCAUCAUAUAUAUACAUAAACAUGCAUACACAAAUGAUAUAUACACAGACCUAUAUAUAUAUAUGCUCUACAUAAAGCCUUUAUAAUUGCUUUGAAGCUUACGCAGUCUCACAUUAAAGCAACAACCUUUCUCUCUCUCUGAUUCUCUUGUCUGAGAAAUCUCAGUUUCAGAGCUUCAGGUUCUUUAUUCUUCGUCGUCUUCUUCUUCUUCAAAUCUGCAUGCUCGAUCUAGACGAUGAAUGUGCGUCGGAGUUUGUGAUCGGAGAUUAAAAGCUUUAAACCUUUCGGAGUGAUCGAGAGAGAGAGAGAAAAACAAUGCGGGUGAAGGAGCUGCAUCCUCUCUGCUGCAUCACUCUGGAGAGUCCACAUGGGAUUGAUGAUAAUAACAGGCCACCGGUGGAGCCGGUGACGAAUUUGACUAGGUCGAGGAGUCUACCGGCGACGUCGUUAUCCGGUGGAUCGGACCGGAGGAAAGUGACAUCGGUUGGAUCGGAGUCGGUGGCUGGGAUCUUACACAAGUGGACCAACUUCGGCAAAGGAUGGAGAUCUAGAUGGUUCCUCCUCCGCAACGGAAUCUUGUCUUACUCCAAGAUCCGGCGACCGGAGAAUCUGAAUCUUCUCUCUCCUUCGGAAGAUGUGAGGCUCAUCGGAGAUGUCUCCGCCGGUCGUCUCUCGAGGAUGGAUAGUUGCAGUGGUCGCCGGAAACAGCAGAACACCGUCGGCAUUGUUCAUCUCAAGAUUUCUUCUUUCAGAGAAAGCAAGUCUGAAGAUAGAAAGUUCUAUAUAUUCACAGCUACUAAGACUCUUCAUCUGAGGACUGAUUCUAUAAGUGAUAGAGCAGCUUGGUUACAAGCUUUAGCAUCUACAAAAUGCAUUUUCCCUCUCCGGUCACUUAAUGGUGAUUUCUCCUUCACCUCACCAAAGGAUUUGUCCAUAACAACCGAGAGACUAAAGAAACGGUUGCACGAAGAGGGAAUAAACGAUAAUCUUGUAAAAGAGUGCGAGCAGAUCAUGCUCUCAGAGUUUUCUGAAAUGCAUGAACAAAUCAAACUUCUACAUGAAGAACGGACCAAUUUGUUUGAUGCAUUGAGACAGCUAGAGACAGCUAAUCUUGAAGCUGAAACAUCAGGGAACGAUGACAAUGGCUACCAAUUAACUAAGCAUGGAUUUUCAAGCCUAGGACGUGGAAAAUAUAGUGAAUGCAGCACAACUGCUUCAUCUGAUGAUAAACAAGAGUUUGAGUAUGUGUCCGAGGAAGAUGAGCCUUCCUUCCAUGACACAAAGGGGUACUUUAAUGAACCUAAUGUUGGUUCUGGAUCCAAUGGAUACACUGAUAUAAAGAGAAGAACAAAACUUCCUAAUCCAGCUGAAAAAGAGAAAGGUGUCAGUCUUUGGUCUAUGAUCAAAGACAACGUUGGAAAAGAUCUCACCCGAGUUUGCCUCCCUGUGUAUUUCAAUGAACCAACAUCAUCCCUUCAAAAGUGCUUUGAAGACUUAGAGUACUCUUAUCUUCUGGACCGAGCAUAUGAACAUGGAAAAUCUGGGAACGGUCUCUUAAGAGCCUUAAACGUUGCGGCUUUUGCUGUCUCUGGAUAUGCUUCCACUGAAGGCCGUCACUGUAAGCCAUUCAACCCUUUGCUUGGAGAAACCUAUGAAGCUGACUUUCCUGAAAAGGGGAUACGUUUCUUCUCUGAAAAGGUCAGCCACCACCCAACAGUUAUCGCCUGCCACUGUGAAGGUAAAGGGUGGAAGUUCUGGGGUGACACUAACCUCAAGUCAAAGUUUUGGGGGAGAUCUAUUCAAGUUGAACCUGUAGGAGUUUUGACUCUGGAGUUUGAUGAUGGAGAAGUAUUUCAAUGGAGCAAGGUAACAUCAACUAUAUACAAUAUCAUACUAGGUAAACUCUACUGUGAUCAUCAUGGUGUGAUGCAAAUCCGUGGGAACCGCCAAUAUUCUUGUACUCUCAAGUUUAAGGAGCAAUCCAUACUUGAGAGGAAUCCUCAUCAGGUAAAUGGUUAUGUAGAAGACGUGUCUGCCAAGAAAGCUGCAACGGUGUUUGGUAAAUGGGAUGAUAGCCUUUACUAUGUUGCUGGUGAAGGAGUCAGCAAGACGAAAGUCAGUGAUCCCGCAUCAAAUGCCUCGUUACUAUGGAGAAGGACCAAACCACCGCCUAAUGUAACUAGAUACAACUUAACCUCAUUUGCCAUUACCAUGAACGAGCUAACACCUGGUUUGGAGGAGAUGCUUCCUCCCACGGACUCUAGGCUCAGGCCAGAUCAACGGCAUCUAGAGAAUGGUGAAUAUGAGAAGGCAAACUUAGAGAAACAACGGUUAGAAAGAAGACAAAGAAUGUCACGGCAACUUCAGGAAAGCGGGUGGAGACCGAGAUGGUUCGAUAAACAAGUAGAAAGUGAAACCUUCAAGUACACAGGAGUUUACUGGGAAGCACGAGGACACAGGACUUGGGAUGAUUGUCCCGACAUCUUCGGUGAGUUCACAGAAGAGCAGCUAGCUGAUUCUGCUUAAAAUAACCCGUUCUAAGUUUCAUUUCCAGGUAAUAUACCCACCCUACAAGAUCUUGUAACCAGCUAGCACAAUCUGUCCCUUGUAUUCUUUUAGUAGAGAAUCCGAAACAGGAACAUAAUCUUCUUGAUUAAUUAUUUCGUUUCUUGCAUUGAAGUCUUCUUAAGAGAAGAUUUACAUCAGGACGACACUGGAGUUGUUUUACAUAAAAGAAACGUCUCUCGACAUGGAAACAUACUUUUGGUAGAGUGUCUCUGUAAAGUCUUUUCUCCUCCUCUUCUUUAUCUCUGUAUCUUUCGUUCUGUACCUCUCUCGUUAAAUAGUUACGAUUAAUGUAGGUUGGUUAUAACAUUUGGGACAAGUUCAUUGUGAUCCAUAUGUAUUUUAAUUAAAAAUAUGUGAGGAAUAAAAAUAAAUCCAGGCAAA